AUGGCCGUUCUACCUACAGACAACUCAAGCAAGCACAGCUUCCGCGCGGUGGUUCCGCCCCCCGACCAUCCAAAAGUCAAAGACCUCGAUAAGGCUGACGUAAAAUCGUACUCCGAUCCCAUCGUGUAUGGCCCAAAGACAGGCCCAGUCUUCAGCGGAUGGCUUGAGAAUCUCAAGGUGCCCUUUCUCGGAGUGACAGUUGACGGCACAAAGAGGGAGGGCUUGUUCGAACUCGCUGACGAAAACGCGCCAGUAGAGGAAACGGUUCGUGCGGCCACGCGAGUCCGCCAAUCUAUGUCGCCUACCGAGUUGGCGGCCUGCAGCCAUGAGAUUGACUCCGAUGCUUGGAGAAAGUGGUCCAAUCCCGAGCUGCUAAUCUGCACAACCGGGCUGAGACUGGAGAACCUGCAACAGAACCAGAUCGAGCUUGCGCUCGAGCUUCUCCGCGCAAGCCUGAGCGCUGACGGGUUCAAAAAGGCAACUGCAGCCAUGGAGAUGAACGAAUUCCUCGGCGAGAUCACAAAUGCGAAGCCGAUUCUCAACCGGCACAGCUACCAACUCGCCUUCUUCGGCAUCCCGUCGACGCACAAGCCUUGGGGGUUCUCCCUCUACGGCCAUCAUCUUUGCCUAAACAUAUUCAUUGUCGAAAGGCAGAUGGUCAUCAGCCCAGUGUUUGUCGGCGCGGAACCAAACAUCAUUGAUGCUGGUCCUCUCUCUGGCCUGACCCUUUGCAGUCCGGAGGAGGUUCUUGGCCUGAAGCUCAUGCAGACACUCCCUCCCGGGCUACAGAAGGGGGCGCAGAUUUACCCCAACUUGGAGGACGAGAAGAUGCCUUCCGGGCGAUGGCACCCCGCGGACGAGAGACACCUUUGCGGAGCAUUUCAAGACAACCGCGUCGUACCCACGGAAGGCAUCAAAGCGACUAGUAUGCCAGCCCAGCAACAGGAGCUUCUUCUCAAGACGGUUGAGACUUUCUUGGUGCUUCUUCCCCCUGGGCCGCUUGCGGCGCGCAUGCAGCAAAUCCGCCAAAGACUGGACGAAACGUUCUUUUCGUGGAUUGGAGGGUUUGGCGAUGAAGAUCCGUUCUAUUAUCGCAUACAGAGCCCCGUCAUCGUGGUGGAGUUCGAUCAUCACCGUGGUGUUUUCCUUCUGAAUACGGUGCCGGAAAAGUUUCAUAUUCACACUGUGAUCAGAACUCCGAAUGGCAAUGACUACGGGAGGGAGCUAUUGAGGCAGUUCCAGGCAAGGUCAAAGGCAGACCCCAAUUCCUAA